AUGGAGAAUAAGAGCCUCAACAUGGUCAACUCGCGCAUGGUGCUGGUCUCGCCAGAGGCGCCCACGGAUGGCGACUAUGCGGCUAUGGAGGGGUCAUUGCCCACCAGUUCCACAACUGGACGGGCAACAGGUGAGACUCCUGCCACACUGCAGGCCUUGCCUUGUGACCGCCCUUUGUGCUCAAAUGUUCACACUUCCCGUGCUCUCAUUGUCUGCCUCUGCCUCGUGCCCAUGUCCCCUCCCCUCUCCCCCUCGUCCCCUCUCUCCAUCGCUCGCUCUCUCGCUCUUGCUCUUUCCCCCUCUCUCAUCUGCCCCUCGCAUUCUCUCCCUCAUUCCCUCUCCCCUUCUCCCCUUCGUCCCCUCUCUCCCUCACUCCCUCCGCCUCUCUCCCCUUCCCCCACCCCCCUUUUCCUCGACCCCUUGCCCCCUCUCUCUGGCGCGCCCCCGGACCAAGGCGCGCCCCCGGACCAAGGCGCGCCCCCGGACCAAGGCGCGCCCCCGGACCAAGGCGCGCCCCCGGACCAAGGCGCGCCCCCGGACCAAGGCGCGCCCCCGGACCAAGGCGCGCCCCCGGACCAAGGCGCGCCCCCGGACCAAGGCGCGCCCCCGGACCAAGGCGCGCCCCCGGACCAAGGCGCGCCCCCGGACCAAGGCGCGCCCCCGGACCAAGGCGCGCCCCCGGACCAAGGCGCGCCCCCGGACCAAGGCGCGCCCCCGGACCAAGGCGCGCCCCCGGACCAAGGCGCGCCCCCGGACCAAGGCGCGCCCCCGGACCAAGGCGCGCCCCCGGACCAAGGCGCGCCCCCGGACCAAGGCGCGCCCCCGGACCAAGGCGCGCCCCCGGACCAAGGCGCGCCCCCGGACCAAGGCGCGCCCCCGGACCAAGGCGCGCCCCGGCCAAGGCGCGCCCCCGGGCCAAGGCGCGCCCCCGGGACCAAGGCGCGCCCCCCAGACCAAGGCGCGCCCCCGGACCAAGGCGCGCCCCCGGACCAAGGCGCGCCCCCGGACCAAGGCGCGCCCCCGGACCAAGGCGCGCCCCCGGACCAAGGCGCGCCCCCGGACCAAGGCGCGCCCCCGGACCAAGGCGCGCCCCCGGACCAAGGCGCGCCCCCGGACCAAGGCGCGCCCCCGGACCAAGGCGCGCCCCCGGACCAAGGCGCGCCCCCGGACCAAGGCGCGCCCCCGGACCAAGGCGCGCCCCCGGACCAAGGCGCGCCCCCGGACCAAGGCGCGCCCCCGGACCAAGGCGCGCCCCCGGACCAAGGCGCGCCCCCGGACCAAGGCGCGCCCCCGGACCAAGGCGCGCCCCCGGACCAAGGCGCGCCCCCGGACCAAGGCGCGCCCCCGGAUGAAGCACCACCCGUGCUGGUGAUGACUUUGGUGCUUCCGGUGAUGGCGUUGGUUCUGCUGAUGGCGAUGGUGCAUGCGGUCCCUCUCGUGCUACUGUGGAUGGUGCUUACAACAAUCCCAUCGAUAUACUCCAAGAGCAUCACGCCAGCAGCAGCACAGCAGUGGCCCAUCCAACCCUGA